UGUGACACCAAACAUGCUGGACCGGUUUGUUUUGGUAUUACAUCAGAAGCUUAGAACGUAUAUUUUUACUUAUUCAUUAUUCAGAUUCUGUUAACUUUUUACUGAUACUCGUGAACCAAUUCUGUGAUGUCUGCCAAAGCAAAGACCAAAGAUUCACCACCAAUUCCCAACGCUGUUAUUGACCGCCAAACAGACGGCGAAGAGGGUAAAUGGGGCUACGAUCUGUACCCAGAGCGACGCGGUGAAAAGUACAAACCGAGCUGGGGCAGGGUUCUGUUAGGCAUCGAAGGCACCGAAUAUCUGGACAAAAUUAAAUGCGAGAAGAACGUUUAUUCGUGCAUCAAAAACAGUCCUAUGGUGAAGCUGAUGAUGGGAGCGCUCAAAAGUUCUGGCUGUGCAAUCGACAUCCGGCGCCACAUAGCAUGCGAGGUGUGUGAUGUAUCCGUCAGUGGCGGUUACGAUCCGGUGCUGAAUCAGGUGGUUGUUUGUCAGAACAUUGCGCGCAACGAAGGAAUUGUGCAGGGGGUGCUAACGCACGAGAUGAUUCACAUGUUCGAUUACUGUCGGAACGAUUUGGAUUUUAAGAACAUUGAUCAUCUGGCGUGCACGGAAAUUCGCGCUGCUAAUCUAACGCAUUGUUCUUUUCUUAGUGCGUGCACACAAGGUGACGCGUCACCGUUCAAAAUUAAGCAAGCACAUCAAGACUGUGUUAAAACGAAAGCCCUCAACUCAGUGCUAGCUGUACGGAAAGUGACACCAGAGGAAGCGAUAGACGCGGUGGAGAGAGUAUUCCCAAAGUGCUAUAAUGACCUCGAACCGAUCGGUCGACGGAUAAGGAGAAACUCCAAGGAUAUGUUUAAAGCUUACAUGGAAGGUCCGAUGUAUGGUUACGAUGUAGACUAGGAAAGACUAUUGUGAGUUGAGGAGCAACAAGCUUAAAUGUAUAGUGAAAUUGAAUAUAAAUGUUAUAAACAUUUAUUUUUGCCUUUUUUAUAA